AUGGAAGAAUUAGUAUCUGAAAUUCACUUAUUAAUUAAAGCUAAAUUUGAAAAUGACAUUAAUGAAAUUGCACGAUUAUUAAAGAAACUUGGUCAACAACUUUGGCAAAAAAUUAUUAAAAAAAAUGAAAUUACUUUAAACGUUGCAAAUCUUUGUUUAAAUGUUUAUAAGAUUUACCAAGCUGCCAACAAGAUUUCCAAAGAAAAUUUAGUAACAAACCAAGAGAUAUUAGAAUUAAAGGACUUCUUAUUUAAAGAUGUGUUAAAAUCUAAUAAUGAUUUAAAUAAUUUUUUAAUUUACAUUGAUAUGUUUCAUAAAUCACUCAGAGAAAUUCAAUGCAAACAAGCAAAAGCAAUUAUUAAUCAAGCUCAGGAAAAAACAAAGAAAUUUGACAAAGUCAGCACAAUUAAAGAUGGAUUUCGAGAACUUAAUUUAUCAUUGCAAAAAUUACUUAGCGACAUCAUACAGCUUGCUAUUGAUGUUCUUGGAGAUGACAGUAUUAAUAAAAAAAAUUUUUCGGUGUUACUGUUGGGAUCAUGGGCAAAGGGCACCGCUACACCAUAUUCAGAUAUAGAAUUUUGUAUUUUAAUUAAUGACUCUGAUUUAAAAUUAAAAGAUACCUUACGUCGGAUGGCAUAUAUAAUGAACUUUAUUGUCAUUAGCUUAGGGCAAACUGCACUUCCUUUUAAUUUAUUCCAAGUAGAAAAUGAGACAAAUGGUAUCGAUUUUGAUGAUCUAAUGAGACCAGGUUUCCAAUUUGAUUUAGGAGGAAAGACGUCACUCGGACGUUUGGAUAAAGAUUAUGAUUUAAUUCAAACCCCUCAACAGAUGGCUAACUAUAUAGAUCUUAAUACACUCGAUCGGGAUCCUUUACUAGUUGCUGAAUUAAUUGAUUGUGAAUACUUUUUUGGAAAUAAGAAAUUGUAUGAAGAUUAUAAAGAGAUGAUUGAUAAACAGUUACGUAAAAAAGAUACAGAUUAUUCAUCUUUUCAUAAAAAUGUGGCUAAAGUUUUGCUGUUUACCGGUACGAAAAAUUUGCAAGCAGAUUUGGAAAAAUAUAAAAUCAAUGUUGAUAAAGUAAGUCACGAAGGGAAAUUAUUAAACAUCAAAACUGAAAUUUACAGAUUGCCAGACAGAUUGAUUGAAGGUUUACGAUUAAUUUUUAUGACAUCUGGAAAUACUUUAUGGGACAAAAUUUCAGGAUUAUUAAAAAGUAAUAUUAUUAGUAAAGAAGCAGCUACAAAUUUAGAAUUUAUAACAGCUGUAGCACUACAAUCACGUCUUUUUACUUACACUACAAAUGAUAGCCAAAAUGAAAAUUUUGGUAUCUGGGACACAAAUAUAGUAUCCAAUAUUGCGGAAGUUGAAAGUUUUUUUUGUAUAGAUGAUAUUGCUGACUUGGUAAAGUUCUAUCAAAUUGCAAUACCGCUUUAUCAAUUUGUACAAACUAGUAUUAAUAUAGAAGACAAAAAUAAAAUCAAUACAAAUGAAAAGUUCUUGGAUGAAAGUUUAGUGACAAAGGCAACCAUCUGUUUCCGAUUUAUGCUUUAUAGAGAAGCUGAACUAUUAUUGCUUGAAGCAAAUCUUUCAGGAGCAAAAGAUGCAUAUUUUCAAUUGUUUCGUCUCUAUUCGCAUUUAGGAAAGCCACAGUUAGCCUAUGAAUAUUACGAAAAAUACAUAGAAAAUAAAUCAUUAGAUGUGGAUGAUCUUUUCAAUUUAGGCUAUCUAAAAUUAUCCUUAGAAGACCAUAAGGAUGCUCUUGAGUGGUUUAACCGUAUACCCAUUAACCUCGAAAUAAAUAACCAAGCAAUGUCAAUGGAAUGUGUACAAGCUCAUUGUAAUAUUGCAAAUAUUGAAGGUUUAUUAGGAAAUAAAAUUUCCGAGUCAACUCAUCUUGAAAAAGCCAAAGAAAUAGUUGAAACUAUUUCUGAAAAACGAGGUCAUAUAAUGAUAGAUUAUUAUAUUAGUUUUGCAAAAUGGUAUGCAAGUCAAAAUCAAUUUAACCUUAGUGAAGAAAAUAUUCAAAAAGCCCUUGAUUUUGCCAAUAAUUUUUAUAAUAAGCAAGCACAUGUUAAAUUAAUUGACAUUAAUCAGCAAGCUGCUGAACUUGCGGAAUGA